AGAGGGCAGUUCAGCCACCAAACCUCCUUUUCUCUUUCUUUGUAUCCUCUCCUAGCUUUACAGAUGGAAAACUCAAUGAAUUCUAUGAGAAAAUCCCUCAUAUCCAAAGAAAGAACCUCUGAGCCUGCUGAGGAGAGUGGUUGGACUAUGUACUUCGAAGACUUGUUAGCCAAUAACAACAACGAAUACAGUUAUAGCUCUCUUGGUUUAGAAAGCCCUUCUUUGGUUUCUGAUGCUGCUUCUUUGGCUGGAAAAAGGUAUGAAAGUAUUGAGAGAGAUGGGGGCUUGGCUAUGGUUAAAAGUAGUAGUAAAAGACUGAGCUUCAAGAAGAGAAAAGCUAAAGGAGUUUUGGUUGAUGAUGCUUUAGAGGAUACUGCUAGUUCUCCUGUAAAUAGUCCCAAGGUUUGUAACCUGGCUGAGAUGGAUAUGAAUGCAAUAAGGAAUAAUAAUACAGGCAUAUCUCAGGAGAAAAGAAGUGUUUCAGGACAGAUAGAUGAGAGAAGUGGCCCAAGUGGGAGAGAUAGUGACUGCACAGAACUGAAGAAAAGGGGUCUUUGCUUAGUUCCUUUGUCUAUGCUAGUUAAUUAUUUUGGUUGAUUCCAAAUAAUCAUCCGUACAUCUCUCUAUGCAUGAAAAAAAAAAUCAUGCUAAAAUGUUGCUGUGUAUAUCGAAAUUAAUCAAGAGCAAUUAUUUUGUUA